CUUUGGCAAUGUCUAUCUGGGUAUGGCCACACCGCUGACGCCCCAGAGCUUAAAAUGCAAUCUCACGUUGAACAGGGCGAGACGCUGAGACCGGCAACGAAGUCGCCAUGAAACUCGAACAUCACAGCGUGGCGCCGUCUCUACUCGAAGAAGAAGCACGAAUCUAUCAAUCUCUAGCGCAAGAGGCCGGCUUUCCUCAGGUGUACUGGCACGGACAGCAAGACGACUUUAUGGCUUUGGUCUUCGAAUUGCUCGGGCCAAAUUUGGAGGACUUAUUCCGAUAUUGCGGCGACCAGUUCUCGUUGAAGACGACACUGAUGCUUGCCGACCAACUCCUUCGUCGCUUCAAGACUCUUCAUACUCACGAUUACCUUCACCGGGACGUCAAGCCUGAAAACUUCAUGCUGGGUAUGGGCGAAGCGGGGAACAUCAUCUACAUGACCGAUUUAGGUCUUGCCAUCUACCGCCAUCCAGACCGGUGGAAGUCGAGCAGCCCCCCUCCCCGUCAUGUGACAGCGCGUCCUCCUCAGCUGUUAGGCACAUGCAGAUAUGCAAGCAUCAACGGGCAUUUAGGCAUUGCACAAUCUCGGCGCGACGACUUGGAAGCUCUCGGAUAUAUGCUAGUAUAUUUCAUCCGUGGAAGACUUCCUUGGCAAGGUCUCAAAGCGAAGCGGGAUGCCAAACACCUGCUGGUUUUGGAGAAAAAGCAGGCGACCAGUGCGAGCGAUCUCUGUGCAGGUCUACCAACCGAAUUUGAAGAGUACAUGAAUUAUGUACGCAACUUGCGAUACGAAGAUCGGCCGGACUAUCGGCACCUGCGGAAGAUGUUCAACAAGCUAUUUCGCCGACAAGGGUUCGAAUACGAUCACGUCUUUGACUGGACGAUUGGGGAAUUUCUGAGGCGGGAGCCUGACGCCCAAGAACCGUUCAUGUCGAAUGAAGUGCACGAGCGGCUAGGAGCAGACACCACCCAGCUGUCAGCUGAUGGAGUCCAAGAUGUGACUAAGGCAAGGCGUCGAAGGAGGAGAUGAUCAUGGUCCCAACACGUAUUUCUCUCGUAUUCAUUGGCCAUGCUGGAUGGCGGAUCCUAGUCUUACAAGAACUGGACGUUGGCUGCUAUCGAUCAUCGUGAGCCAACCAUUUCACAGGAAACAUGAACCCCAGCAGGCUAGAAAGUGUUACUGUAAUGGUUGGAUGGUUAGGUUGUGUAACUCCGUACAUCGAGAGCCUUCACAGUUUGCGCCUUACUGGUCCAUUAAAUGCCUCACCGGUUGGGAGGCUGGUCAGAAUCUACUCAACUGCUGUGGAACGACAGAACAUCGACACUAAUCUUAGCUGCUGGGCGAACCAUCACCAUUUUCCCCCGAGAGCGCAAGUGAUUCAGUGGUUGGCAUCCGUCGAUCGACUAGGGACACUCAAACAGUUCUGCCUAAGAAAACUGGCAUUAAAUGCCUCACCGGUUGAG